AGCAGGCGGCCGAGAGAGCGGAAGCGAGCUGACGUAACCGGAAGGGGCGGCCUCCUCCGGCUGGGUUGUUGAUGUCGUCUGGCGGCCGCUCCUGAUUUGGAGGUUGAGGGGCACAGUCGGUGGGAGGAUGGUGUGCGAGAAGUGUGAAAAGAAACUCGGCAGAGUUAUCACUCCAGAUACAUGGAAGGAUGGCGCACGGAAUACCACAGAAAGUGGUGGGAGGAAGCUGAAUGAAAACAAAGCUUUGACUUCAAAGAAAGCAAGGUUUGAUCCAUAUGGAAAGAAUAAGUUCUCCACUUGCAGAAUUUGUAAAAGUUCUGUACACCAGCCAGGUUCUCAUUACUGUCAAGGCUGUGCCUACAAAAAAGGCAUCUGUGCAAUGUGUGGCAAAAAGGUCUUGGAUACCAAAAACUACAAACAGACUUCUGUCUAGAUGUUCUGAUGAACUCUGGCUUUCUAUAGUUGUACUCUCUACUUUGACUUUUCAAGGUAUAAUGUGGAUGGUCCGUCUUACGAAAUAACCUGUUUCAAGAUAAAUGAUUCCGUCUAAAGCAGGGAUGUUGAUCAAUAUCCCUUCAUUUGCUCUCAUGAAGCUCUGAACAGCAAUGGUAUAACCAGUUGUCUGCGUUAAGUGGUUAUUUUCCUUGUGAGCAUUUUACUGAACUAGAAUAAGUCACAGAAUUAAUGAAAAGGGUUUUCCUGAGUUCUGUAUGCACUUUCUAUUUAACAUCUUUUCUGAUCCAUGUAUUUUAUUUAUAGAUACUGCAAAUGUGAAAUUACUGAUUCUUUUCUCUGAAUUUGACGUCCAGACUUAGAAUUGCUCCCUUACUCACAAAUGUCACAGUUCUUAGAAUCAGCAGCCCCUUGGUUAAAUGCCUUUUCAUUAGCUAUAAAUAUUCAAGACCAUUACCGCUGAAUGGUUCCUUAGUAACCAGUGCUGCCACAAGUCCAACAAGUUGCGUUUCUUAGAUUUCUGUUUGAUGUUGAAGUGCCACUUCCUUCCCCUGUGAACAAGAGCCAGUGGAGUGCCCACUGGUCCAGAUGAGUGCACUGUGUUUCAGAGAUGCAUUCUGUCAACAUCAUCUUAAACUCACAUUGUCACGAAUGCAGGGAGAACAGUGUUGUCCCUGUCAUGAGAAUGAAUGUCUUCGGCUUGGGAAUGUUCUUUGAAGCAGGAAACAAACAUUUUCUUAACCUCUCUACCACCCCCACCCCCCACCCAAGAAAUCAAUAAAACAAACAUCUUGGCUCUUG